AUGUAUUCAUCGGUGAGGUGGUCGAAGAUGGAGACCAGUCGUUUGAAAACAGAAGAGCAUCAAUUCAAAAUUAACCUCUAUCGUGCAAAGAAUCACCAAAAGCUUGAUCUAUCAGCUUGUCCAUGGCAUCACUCGAUUCUUCGACAUGAAUGCAUCGGAAUUCCGAAAGCAUAUCAGAUUGAGAUCCGAUCCUUCCGACGAAUUUUUUCCCGUAUGAUUUCAAUCAGAGAGGAUAUGGUGCAGUUACCAAUGAUGUUAAGAAUCAGGUACUCCAAUUUAAACAAUCAGUAUCCUUCAUAUGGAAAUCAUGUGCAGAAGUUUGUUGCCAUGUCUGAAAAUAUGGAUCCUAGAAAUCCAGUGAUGAUUGUUUGUGAUGAAAAGGUGAAGGAAUUAUUUGGAUGUGAGAGCAUUUCAGCAAUGGGAAUACCAGAGGCGUUGGUUAAACACCAUUUAUUCGAGCAAUAG